AUGCCAGCUAGUAGUUCAAAGGAACGAGCAAAGAAGAUGAAGCGGACAAUAGUCAAGGAAGAGGAGGAAGACGUCAAGAAGGAGGAAGAAGACGUUGAAAUGGUGGUUGAUGUCAAGCUAGAUGACAAACAAGAGAUCAAGACGGAAAUCAAGAAGGAGAUCAAGCAAGAACAUACAAGGAGGGCAAGUCUACAGGACGGGAUCGAUUUCGCUUUCAAACGAUUGAAUAGAGUUGAUUUGGAUCCCCUUGGAGUCACUGUCCAGGAGAUAUGUGUACCUCCGAGACCUGCUACGAGUCCAAAACGUCGCAUGAAACUCCAUCCCAUAUUCGCAUUCCGAACUACGCUUUGCACCGAGUGUAUCAACAAGGGAAUCACCAACAAAGAGAUUAUCAAUACUGAGACUGUACGAGCAAACCUGACCAAAUGUACACUCGCUGAGAAAGACACACUCAUCACAGGUCUUCCAAGCGCCACUGGUGAAGAAUUGGGGCGCUCUGGACCUGAAUUGGUUUAUUCAAAGAAGAAAGACGAGGAAGAUGACGUUGGAGAUGCCGGCAAAGUGCUGUUUUAUUACAAGCCGCAUUUGAAGGUUUUCAUUAAGGCCGAACAAGAUGCGUACGCGACCAAGAAGUAUGAUGAGUGGAAGAGGAAGUGGCUGCCUCGUAAGGAGGCGAUUGAGACGGCGCUUACUGAGAUCAGGGCUUCGAAGGUGGAUUUUGAUGAGUGGUGUCGAGAGCAUUCCCAAGCUUUGAAUGUGGUAGAUCGAGUUGCUGGUAGUAGUAGUGAUGUGUCGAAUCGAAUGGAAUUAGCGGAGACAGAAGAACGUACCGAAUUGGACGCAUCGUCAUCAGAUACAUUGACCACAGUUGACGAAAACACUCAACCCUCAUUCUUUGGGAAAUUACUGGCUUACGCUGUAUCGUCGGCAACGUCAUCUCCUGUAUCUGGUGUCAGAACGAUUGCCGAAGAAGCAAAGGAUAUAGAAACAAAGAUAUUAGAACACAAGCUGCUCUCACCAUCACCACCAAAAGCAACUCCGAGCAAGAUCACAUACAGUCGUCCAACUGGUCAAACCAGAAACAUCACUCCAAGCUCAUUUCUACAAUCACCAAUCCGUUGGGGAGGGGCUCAAAACAUUCCCCUGGCUGGUUAUUGCCCCAAUCUAGUCCCGGGAACACCAGUGCCCGAACUCGCAUUGAGUGCUGAACCGCAGACUGAUAGCAGAAUGAAUGUAUUGGCACAGUAUGUAUUAGAUGAUGACAUAGAUCUAGGUUCCGACCUCGUAUCGUCGCAAGCUGAUGAUGUGACAGAUCCCGCAACUCCCAGAGCAAUCACCACAAUGUUGCCAUUAUCAACACCACUGUCAUACACUCCCAAUAGUUUAGCUUUAGCUAGAUCCGUAUUGCUGCCCGACAGUCCAGUUAUAUAUGAAGAGGACGAUACUGGUGAAGAUGAUAAUUUGCAUAAUCUACCAAGACCUGAACAUAAAGCUUCGAAGGAAUCAUGGAUUCAUGCUACAACACCACCAACAUUCAAGCUAUCAGAAGCUUCUCAGAAACGUCAAUCUGGUGCUCAACCGAGUCGCUUGCUAGACUUGAGGCAUAAAGCAGCUACUAGUGGUGGUGGGGGUGUCGCAGCUGCAGCAGCUGGAGCAAUAGCCAUAGGUAAAAACAGUGUAGAUGACUUUAUGAACGAGGCUGAUGUGACAUUAUUGGACGAGGCACCACCAUUCAAUAACUCGCGAGCACAAUCCGACUUGUAUCUACCUGAAAAAGACCAUCACCACAACAAUAUCUUAUCACAGUCAACUUCAGUAUCGUCAUUUGCAACCGCUACAGCUACUCCUACUCAAGCGACUCCAGAACAGAGUCCAGGGUCUGUGGCUAACAGUAGAGAAGAUAAUGUAGCAGAAAAGUCACCGGUAGUUGCCUUGUCUCGUGAAUUCGAUCCAUUAGCAACGCCAGUCAAUAAUAGUGUAGAGAUUCCAUCAGAUUGGAUGAGCAUGACUUCGUCAAAGAACUCAGUUGUUGAAUCCUCAAACUCGACGACAAAGCCAUCCAAAGCAAACGUUAUUCCUACUGGUGCUUUGCUCGAUAUUUUGGCAUCGCCUGCUAGUGCGUUAAAGUACUCUGAAAAGGAUUUGGAAAGAGUUAGGCAAGAGAUGCGACUUGAGUUCGAUAGAGAGUUUGAAUUGGCUCAAGAAGAAAUACGAGAAUUGGAAGCUGAACGAGCAGCAGGUGCUGAACAACAUCGUAAAAUUCAGGCUACUCUUGCUGAAUGGGAACAAACGAUGCGUGACAUGAUUGCUGAAUCACAACGUGAAAAGGAAACGUCACAUAGGAUGAUUGAGAAGCAACGGCUUAUUAUCGAACAACUCAAAAUCGACAAUGCCAAACAUGUCAAGGAUAAUGAUCGAGUGGCAUUACAAGCUAAACAAGCUUCAGUUUUAUUGGAGUCAAGUCAGAAGGAUAUGGAAGACAUGAAAGAGAAAGUGGAUCUACUGCAACACGAUUUGGACAUUGCUCAGCAGCGGUAUGAUCAACUUCGAGCUCAUGCUGAGGCCAAACUGGAAAGUGCCAACGUUGAGAUUGCCAAGGUUCGAGCCAAUCACGAUAAGGAGAUUUCUGCAUAUCGAGCACGAAUCAGCAAAGCAGAACUAAACGUCUCUACACUCGAACAACAAGUAAAGACCAAGACAGCAGAGAAUAUUGAAUUGUCUCGAAUCUGUGAUGAGCUUGUGGGACAUAUUCAAGCUGGAACGCCGUCAGAAUGA